AUGAACUUUGGAAAAUUGGAAGUCAUAGAAAAUGAACUGGACCACAUAAAAAUUGAUGUCCUAGUUUUCAUUUUUAUGCUAAAUCUUCUUCUCAGUGGACAGAGACCAGCUGAUAAUGCUGUGGCGAAGGUGAACAGACACAGCUGCCUUCAGAGAAGAUGUAGGCCUCUCCAUGCACAAAUGUCCUUCCGCUGA